AUGACCGCAUUCGCGAAUGCCACCAUCACGGCAACUGGGCUUGCCAAGCUCAAUCAGACGCCGUUCUACUUUCAGGCGCAGCCCAGCGUCGUGCCCGGAAUCUCGGAUACCCACCUCUCCCUCGCGCUCCCCAUCGUCAUCUACUGGGUCACCUCGCUCUUCUACCACCUGCUCGACACACUCCAGCUCUCCUUCACAGAAAAGUACCGCUUGCAUGAGCCUGAAGAGGUCACCAAGCGGAAUCGCGUUGGCGUCACGCGCGUCGUCGUCAUGGUCGUCGUCCAGCAGAUCAUCCAGACCGUCCUCGGCCUCCUCCUCCUCGAUGACGACGUCGUAGGCCUCAAGCAGACCUUUGCCGACCAUCCAGCCAAGAUCACAAACAUCGCCGCCUUCCUCCGCUCCUCCACCGCUACGCUCGUAGGCCCCUCGUUGCAGUCGAGCGUCACCAAGCUGCUCUUCGGAAGCCAGGAUGCGCUCUCCGCCGCCUGGUGGCUCUACUGGUGGGGCAUCCCCAUCGCCCAGUUCUGGUUCGCCUUCUUCGUCAUGGACGCUUGGCAAUACAUGCUGCAUCGCCUCUUUCACGAAAGCCGCUUCCUCUACCGCCACUUCCACUCGCACCACCACCGCCUCUACGUGCCCUACGCCUUUGGCGCGCUCUACAACCACCCUGUCGAGGGUCUGCUGCUCGACUCGGGGGGCGCCGUCAUCUCGCAUGCCGCUUCCUUCAUGACGCUGCGCCAGGGCAUCCUUCUCUUCACCUUCUCCACGCUCAAGACCGUCGCAGACCAUGGCGGAUACGCCUUCCCCUGGUACCUCGAUCCGCUCCACCUCCUCUUUCCCAAUUGCGCAGAGUACCACGACGUGCACCACCAGAUGACCGGCCUCCGCUACAACUACUCGCAGCCCUUCUUUGUGCACUUUGACGUGCUCUUUGGCACGCGCAUCUCGGCGGAAAAGUUUCAAAAAAUGAAGAAGCUCGCAGAGGCAAAGCGUGCAGCCGAAAAGCAGCAGGCGAUAUCCCACGCCAACGGCAACGGCACGGCGAACGGCAGCGUCAACGGCGCCGUGGCCGAGAAGAAGCUCGAAGGCAAGGAUGCGUCUCCAGCCGAGAUCGUGGCCAAGACCAACGACCCAUUCACCACCAGCGACAACCAGUCGUAUGCAGCCAAAGCAGGCUCUUCAACAUAG